GAGGCGAAGGGCAGAGUGGAGAUGGGCAGCAGACCGUGCAGCCAUCGUCAGUCGCUGGAAUUGGCUUCAAGCCCAUGUCUCGGACCUGGAAUACCGAAUCCGACAGCAAACGGACAUUUACAAGCAGAUUAGAGCCAAUAAGGGGCUGAUAGUUCUUGGUGAAGCAUCACCCCCUGAUCCUGCAGUAGAUGAUGCAUCCCGUCCUGUUAGUGCUGAAGUUAAGCUGGAGCCUGGGGCUGACCGGCUGAGUGUGUCUGGAUCCCAGCCACUAGAGAACUUGGGCAUCUCUGCUGCAAAUACUCCCGAAUCCCAUCCCGCCAAGCCCUGUGGAGCACCAAGACCCGUCAAUGGAGUUAUUAACACUCUUCAGCCUGGCCUGGCAGAACAUGCUCAGGGAGAUGGCCAGGAAGCUGAGGAGCUCUUGCAUAAAAAGCAACGACUGAACAUGGUUUCUUCAUCCUUGGAUGGAACAUGUGUAGCAGCUCGCACUCGCCCAGUACUGAGCUGUAAGAAGCGACGGCUUGUUCGACCUAGCAGCAUUAUGCCCCUUUCCAAAAAGGUCCAUCGUAAUAGCCUGGUGCGAUGUAGCUGUGAUGUGAAUCCUUCAUGUGCUCUGUGUGGCACUCGAAGCUCGACGACUCUGGAAAUCCAGUAUGAUGCCCCUUUGCUGGAGCGCCUCUCCCAACUGGACUCGUGUAUUCAUCCUGUCCUGUCGUUCCCAGAUG